GAUCACUGACAUUUAACAAAUUUCCGACAAGAUGGCAACUGCUCCUGUUUCGCCACUAGCAAGCUCUAUGGAGAAAACAAAUGGAGCUAAGCUCAGCAGACUUCUCAUUGAUGGUGGAACAACAGUUCUGAGGACCAUUUUUGAUGGCUAUCACCCACCGGCUAAUCUUUCUACUAGUCUCAAUGCCAACUACUCAACCCUUCAAUCCCUCUUAAAGAAAAAGGUCCUGCGUGCAGCUCAGUGGAAAAAACUGUUUCCAUCUGGCGGAGUAACACCAGACUCAAACACGUUUGACAUCACUCUCUUGUUUCUUCUUCUCACCAACAUUUGCGGACUUUCCCCUCCUCUCUCGGGGUGGCAUUCCAUGCCAUCUCCGAGUGACAACUCCCUUGAGGCAAACCUUGCUCGGGUAAAGGUCUUCCGCAAUGAGUUGUAUGGUCACGUGUCCACUACUGCUAUUGACACGCCCACUUUCUCUGUUUUAUGGCAGGAUAUAAGUACUGUCCUUGUUGCCCUUGGCUUGGAUAAGGUAGCCAUAGAGAGAUUAAAACUAGAGCACUCUGGAGAGGAAGACUAUAUUGAAAUAUUAAGAGAAUGGGCGAAAAGUGAAGAGGAUACCAAGUCGCAGCUGAAGGAUAUCUCACAAUCUCAGACUGAGGUAGCACAAACUAUCGCCGAAUUGCGUCAGGCUCGUCUUGAGGACUCCAAGGAGCUGGAAGAAAUGAAAAAUACAGUUAUCAAAACUUGGCAAGCCGUCGAGGAUCGUAGAAGAAGGGACAAAGAGGAUGAAAUUCUCAAAGCACUCGCAAAGAUUGACACAGGAAAAGAUGUCGAAUAUCAUUCAGAACGAUAUCAGGAAGGAACUCGUUUGUCUAUUUUGACAAAAGUGCAGGAUUGGAUGGAUGACAGAAGUUCUGAGAAUCGUGUUUUGGUAAUCAGCGGACAGGCUGGUAUGGGAAAAUCUGUGAUCUCUGCAGUUGUCUGCAAAAGAAUGCUAAGAGCUAACAGACUAUCUGGAAGCCAUUUUUGUCAACAUGGCAAGGCACGCCGCAGGAAUCCUAAAGUGAUGCUUCAGUCUUUGGCUUGUCAGCUGUCUGACAUUAUUCCAGAAUACAAGAGUGCCAUUCUGGAAGUACUGUCAAGAAAUUUAGGGGGAGAUCUAAACAGCAUGGAAGUUAGCGAUCUCUUCGAAUUGCUGCUCAUGGAACCUCUUUCUAAAGUCAAAGACCCAGGAAGUAACAUCCUAAUGGUAAUAGAUGGCUUGGACGAGAGUGAAUACCAAGGCCGCAACGAAUUGGUUGAUGUGAUUGCUAAUAACUUUUGCAAACUCCCAGCGUGGUUUCGAUUUCUUGUGACAACCCGUCCUGAAAUCAACAUCGCCGAUAGUCUUAGGGUUUUGGAGCCUCUGCAGCUUGAACCAAGUGAUAAUGAGAACUUACAAGACAUCCGUCAUUAUCUUAACAGGCGUCUAAGCCAAUCUGGGCAGUUCGAAAUCCAAGAGGAUGUUUUGAAUUAUCUUGUGGAAAAGUCAGAAGGAGUGAUGUUAUUUUCUUACUUUUUAGUUGAAUUUGUAGGCAAAAUCGAGGCCGUUCUUACCACAGAGCUGCUGGAGAACGAUUUGCCAUCUGGUAUUUCAUCCGUUUACGAGUCCUAUUUCAAACGUUUAGAGCAAGAACUUGUAAAGGAACUGGAGAUUAAGGACGAGCAUUUUUUUGCUUUCCUAAGUGCAGUUACAGCUUCGAGAGAGCCAUUACCAGUUGCUUUUGUCGCAAAAUUGUUCCAGUUGGACACCAGGACAUCAGUUGGCAAACGGAAAGUUAAAAGGGCAAUUUCUUGCAUUUCAACUCUUCUGCUGGUUGAGGAUGAAAGGGUCAAGUUCUUCCACAAAUCAGUCAAGGACUGGUUGACCGUUACUUCCUCGUAUGGACAGCACGACUUUGCAUUAGAUUUGAAUGAAGGUCAUAGUAUCCUUUCUAAACUUUGCCGUGAGGAACUCGAUCAAAUUAAGGAUCGUGGUGUUAUUGAUCGAAAAUUUUGCGACUCUGAAACAUAUUCCCUACAACACGGUGUCACACACAUGCUUGAGGAUGCAAGGUCACCGAAUAGUAAAGAAUUGGUGAGGUUGUUUGUCUUGGACUUGGAACUCGUUUACGCUAAACUCUGUGUGGAUCACGCAACGGCAGCCGACGACAUUGUACGUUGUCAGAAACAGGACAUUUUGUCAGUGCUCCCUGAAGAAAGUAAAACUCACUUGGAUGACUUAUUGCUUUUGUUGAGAAAGUACCACGAAAGUUUUAAAUAUUUUCCUCAUGCAUUUCUGCAAACCGUGUUGAAUGAGGGAGAAGCGAGACUUUCUUCCCAGGCAUCAAGUCUUCUGAGUAAGAAAUUUCCCGAUAUUACUUUCAUGGAGUUCAUUUACAAGGAUGUUCAUGAGGAGGCUCCCAAAGCUGUUUUUCAAUGUUCAGCUGCAGUGGUCUGUUUUGAUGUGUCGCCGCAGUCUGACUACAUGGUGUGUGAAUGUAAAGAUGAGAUGCUUUACUUGUGGUCGCUUCGCACCGGCAAAUUAGAAUGGAGACGUCCCUGCAAAAUAAAGAAACAAUAUUCACAUGGCAAUUUCACGUAUCGAACGUCGCCUUCCUCUGAUGUCUUCUCGUGCUACCGUUCGGUUGUUUUUCAUCCUUCAAAGGAAGUUGUCCUACCAGGAAUUCUUAGUUCAGCCUAUUCGAUUGAUGGAGAUCUGAAACCACUUUUUCCAAGAAGUAACUGCAUAUUCACAGUUUCUUCACUGUUGAAUGCAAACGGCGAGGUCCGGUUUGUAACAAAUUUUCCGGAUGACACCAAGUGUAUUAUUCUGUGGAGUCUUGAAAAUGGUUCUCAGGUUGCUAGUAUUCACAGGGAUGAAGAUGUUUUAUCGUUUGCUUGCUCUCUUGAUGGGAGGAUGCUGGCAGUUUCCCAUACGUCCGGCUCGAUUUGUUUGAUUGACACAAUAAACGAGUUUAGAAUACUGGCAGAAAUAAACAUUCCAAGCGUUUGUGGGAUAAUCAAGUUCUCCCCUGACCAUCAGUUCCUCUUUUGUUGGCACGAAAGUCAUGCACGACGUCAUGACGUUUAUCGGCUGAGCGUCAAACGUAUCAACCAAGACACAUUUUCGCUUGGUGUUUCUUGUGACGUUUCAUAUAAACCCUGGGAGUAUGAAACUGCCAGUAAAGCUGGAUUUUUGUUAGGAGAUCCUCUUUGUUGUAUCUAUGAGAACGUCUUUGGUCGCUCAUUUCUUGUAGAACGAGCAUUUGUCUUUGUCCUUUCUGAGGAAAUUGUCUUGAGGCGCUUUCCUGAAGGUCGUUCAGUGGCAAUGUUCAGUGUGGAUGAGAUAAGUAGCUUCACCAAUUCAGCACAUCACCCACACUUAUCUAGAGCCAUAAAGAUGGCGUUUUCGCUAAAUGGAGAGAUUCUCUAUGUGAUUUCCGAAGUUACAGCUGGAAGAGAAGUAAUGGCUUGGAACGUUCGAUGGGAAAACCUCACAGCAAGAAUGAUGAUUGGAAGGACAAGAAGGGAGUGCCUUACGCCUGUAGCGGAAGGCGUAAUUAUCGCCAAAGACUGUGGUUGUCCCGAACUGUGGGAUUUUGAGUUGUCUAGAUGUAUCCGUUCUUGGUCACGGGUGUGCAACAUUACCGAUGUGAUUCCCCUGUCAAGAGAUCACGUGGCAUGUGUAGGGGCUUAUGAUAAAGAGGUGAUUAUCCUGGAUUCGAGAAGCACAGGCGUAAAGGCACGCAUCCCAUUUUUUCGUGACCAAUAUGAAUCAACCAUUGAAACGUUGGGGAGAGAGGCCAUCGCAUGUAACAGCAAAUACGAAGUACUGUCCACAGACCGAAAAUCCAUUCAGCUGUCGAAUAGUGAAGGUAUUAUCUGGGAAAAGGAAUGGAACGAUUCUCUGUUGUGUGGCUACAGUCUCCCAGGAAUGUUCUCGCCAAAAGAGGAAUUUGUAUUAUUCUCGGCGAAACGCAAUGAUUGUGAUGAUCAGGAGGUAUUUGUUCUCGAAGCCUCUUCCGGGAAAGAACAUUCCAUUGUCUGUAGAGGUGCUUCGUUUUUUGACUGUAAGUUCGUCAGUGAUGAGGAAUGUGUCAUUGAUUUCGAAGAUACCUUACCGCAUUUCGGUCUUCGUCUAUUCAAUAUCAGGAGCGGUGAUCUACUCUGUGUGAUGGAGAGGGUGUUCAGAACGCAUUGUCUCGCAACCUGUCUGCUGAACCAUGCGAUCGCAAUUGACGUAAGCGUAGGCUCUGAGAAAAAUUUCAGAAUUAUCCUGGUAAACAACCUUCCAAGUGAAGAAGAUAAGAAGAACAAAAUGGUACCAAAGAAGCAGCUGUAUGAAUAAGAGUGAAGUGAUGGAUGAAUUGCAGACUCUGUCGUGGGAGCCCUCCGGGCAGUCGGUACUGCUUGGUCAGCGUUAAAAACGAGAGACGAGCGCACAGUAAAUCAGGAGCCAUACGGAGAGAAAUGUCUUCCUCUUGCUUUCACGGACACACACCAUACCAGAUAAUUUACGAACAGCCCUACCAGGCGCUGGAGGGGCAAAUGGACUAGUCAGUCCUAUUCUGUAGUUUUGUUAUGUCUAUAAUUGUUGUUUCUACCUAUAUUUCAAGGGGUGUCCGCUUUUUUUUUAUCUGGAAGCUUUUUCAACAUCGCUGUCACAGUGAAAUUAGUAUAGGUGAUAACAUGAUUUCGACUGCGAUUUGGUCCAAAUAAGCACGAGUAAAUUUUUCAAAGACAACAAAAUUGCAUGAGCCCGUAGUCUUUGAAUAAUUUACAAAUGCUUACUACACCAAAUUGCAAGAGAAAUCAUGUUAUUACUUGCUAAUAAUGUAGGUGACAAAACAUCACAGAAAGUCAGGACAGAAAAGAUUCUGAAAGCGUUUGCGCGCUAUAUGUAAUUUACACUCGUGUUAUAACUUUGCACUCGUGUUACAUGAGAAUGCACUCAUUUUCAGCCAAUCAGAAGCCCGUAAUAUUUUUUUGGACAUCAUUAAGUAUUGUUAUCGAUUAUUAGUCACUCAAGAAAGAAGUUUAGUGUAACUAGUCAAUGACUAGUUUUUCUCGCUGUAAAACUAAAUUACAGUUUUGAGACUAAAUUCGAGAUUUUUCCGAUUAGAGUUUAAAGAAGACGGCGCAACCGUUCAGAACAGAUUGUUAUAAUUAUUUGAAGACAACCCCCAGAUUAAGAAACUAAAGCUUACUUUUUAAAGUUCGUGAUUUGUAAUCGCGUAUUUUUUUUUUUAUACAUUUGCGUCGUUUAAAUCCUUUUUUUUUAUAUGUAAAACUGUGAAAACGUAUGUCGGUAUGAAUUGUCCAUGAGUUUAAGAAUACAUAUCUUUAGUGAGUCUUUAAUCUAUAGUUAUUUGUAAUUUAAAGCCAUCAUCAGAUUUUUUAAUUUGGCGAGUUCUUAUUCAUAUGAUUGUGAUUUGUGCGCGAAGUAACCAGGUAUCACAGGGUGCUACUGCUGUACACAAGUUUGGGAACCUCUUGCCUUUAUUUGGAUUUACGGUAUCCUACAAACCAUAGAACCGACUGGUUUGACUGAUGUAUCAGUAGAGACUCUAUUUUAGAGGAGUAGCUUUCACGGUGACCGAAACAGAUGCUAGUUAAACAUUGUAGUUGUCAUUAGGAUGUGCCAUUAGGAUGCUCUAAGGAUUGUUACAGAAUUAUUUGCUUUGUUUGAGGUUUUAUUCUAACCUUUGAAUCUUGUACUCUGGGUCAAUGAUUUUGCAAUUUACCGUACCACAUACGUUCAUCUUAGGUCCCCUUUUUCAAUGGAGGUCGAAAAUUCUAUAACUUGUACGAAUCGAAGUAAAAGUGUAAUUGCUUCGUUAGAUGUUUUAGGUUCUUAGCAAGAAUUAAGUAAAUUGCUCCUGCCAUCAUUUCAUUGCAUAAAUGUUUGUUAACCGUGCCAGACUUGAACUUUAGUUUGUUUCCGAAUUAUUUUGGGGGUUUCAUCAGUUGCUAAUUGGUGAUGGUCAUAUUAGGUUUUGUCGGAUGAAAACGAGCUCUGCGUAAAAUUUUGGGUUCCCAUUACGCUUUUGAAGUAAGCUGGUUCAACAUUAUUGCCUCACUAGAGGGCUAUAGAGAAGACUGAAUUUUUUUACCUUUUUAUAUCAUAUGUUUUAUGCACUGAUCGAACUGGACACUUCCCCGGUAAACGUGAUAACUUGACCUAACAAAAUACCUUAGCGUGGUCUGCUCAUAUCCAAUGUUGACGUAUGUGUUAGAUUGUGAUUAAGGCUUUCGUUACGCUGGAAAA